AAAGGCUCUCUCUCUCACUCACCGCUCCCCCCAAAACCCUAAUCUUUUUCGUCGAGUAGGGUUUUGCAGAGCCUCCAUUUUUCUUUCUUUUUUCCAUUCUUAUUUUUCUUGAAAACCCUUCGCGGGCUCUCCAAGUUUUUGUUCUAUCUCAAAUGGGCAAGUCCAGCAAGAAGUCUGCUACUAAAGUUGAUGUGGCUCCGGCUGCAGUUCUGCCCUCCAAGCCCGAGAAGAAAGGCAAGAGAGCGGCUGAGGAGGCUGUGGAGAAACAAGUGGUGACGAAGAAGCAGAAAAAGGACGAGGGUGUUGAGCAGGCAGUUCAGAAGCAGAAGAUCGAAGCUAAAACUCAGAAGAAGAAAAAGGUGGAGACAAGUAGUAGUUCUGAAGAGGAUUCUGAUUCCGACGAAGAGACGGAACCUGCUACUAAAGUUGUUCCCUCUUCAAAGAAAGGACCAUUGGCUACUAAAAAAGCCAAUGGUGUCGUUGCUGCCCCUGCAAAGAAGAAUAAGCCUGCUAGUAGUAGUAGCAGCUCAGAAGAAGACUCAGAUUCUGAUUCUGACGAAGUGCCUGCUUCCAAAGCUGCUGAAACAUUGAAGAAGGGACCAAUUGCUGCAAAAAAGAACUCUGUUGCAGCCCCUGCCAAAAAGAGCAAGGCGUCCAGUAGUUCGGAGGAAGACUCUUCUGAUGAUGAUUCUGAUUCUGAUGAUGAACCAAAGGGAAAAGUUACUGCUGCAAAAAAGAGUGGCCCCACUACUGCCAUCCCCAAGGGGAAAGUGGAGUCAAGUAGCUCUGACUCAGAUGACAGUUCAGAGGAGGAAGAUGACUCUGCCAAGCCUACUUCAGUUGCAAAGAAAGGAUCUGAAGUUUCUGUUAAGAAAGCACCUGCUGCUGUUUCUAAAAAAGACACAUCAAGUGAUUCUGAUGGUUCAGAUGAGGAUGAUAGCUCUUCAGAUGAAGAGCCUAAAAACAAAGAAUCCAAAAAAAGCACUGAGCUGAAGAAAUUGCCUGCAACUUCUGCUAAAAACGGCUCUGCAGCUACUACUAAAGAUGAAUCGAGUGAUGAGUCUGAUUCAAGUAGUUCAGAUUCUGAUGAAGAUGUUCCUGCAGCAAAAGUUACUCAGGCACGUGCCGGUGCUAAGAAGAAAGAGACCAGUGAUAGUUCUGAAGAAAGUGAUUCUGAUGAGGAAGAUAGUGAUUCUGAUGAGCAUAAGCCUGCAAAAAAGCCUGCAGCUGCUUCUGUAAAAGCUCAACCGGCUAAGAAGAUGGAGGAGAGUUCAGAGAGCAGUUCUGAAGACGAUGAAGAGGAGACCCAAAAGAAGCCUGCUGUUCCUUCUGUGAAGAAAGAUUCUAAACAGAUUGACGUGGAUAGUGAUGAGAGUGAGGAUGAAGAAGACAGUGAUGACAGUUCCAGUGAUAGUGACGAGGAAGACAAAAAACCAACAAAGAAGAAGAAAGUGGAUACUGAUGUAGAAAUGGUAGAAGCUGUGUCACCAAACGCAGACUACAAGCAAGGAAAGAAAGAAGCACCUAAAACUCCUGUUACUCCUAAAAGUCAGGGUGGUGAAUCAAAGACACUUUUUGUUGGCAACUUAUCAUUCCAAGUUGAACAGGCUGAUGUGGAGAAUUUCUUUAAAGAUGUUGGAAAACCUGUGGACAUCCGUUUUGCUUCUGAUCAUGAUGGAAGGUUCAAGGGAUUUGGUCAUAUUGAGUUUGAGACACCUGAAAUUGCUCAAAAAGCUCUUCAAUUGAAUGGUGAACUUUUGUUGAACCGUGAAAUAAGACUUGAUUUGGCUCGAGAAAGAGGUGCAUACACCCCAUAUGACAGCAAAGAGAGGAACAACUCUUCAUUCCAGAAGGGAGGAAGGGGUGCAAGUCAUACAAUUUUUGUACGUGGUUUUGAUCGAUCUUUAGGCGAGGAUGAGAUUAGAAGUGCCCUACAAGAGCAUUUCGGUGCCUGUGGAGAGGUUACCAGGGUGUCCAUUCCAAAAGACUACGACACUGGCAACAUUAAAGGGAUGGCUUACAUGGACUUCAGCGAUGCAAACAGUUUCAGUAAAGCCCUUGACAUGAAUGGCAGUGAACUACACGGCCAGUACCUAACAGUUGAUGAGGCCAAGCCCCGUGACAGUGCUGGUAGUGCUAGAGGCGGUGGAAGGAGCGGUGGAAGGAGUGGUGGAAGAAGUGGUGGUGAUGGGAGAAGCGGUGGGCGCUUUGGAGGCAGACGUGGUGGUGGUGGUGGUGGCAGAGGAGGUGGUUUCGGUGGUAGAGGAGGACGCGGAGGUUUCAACAAACCCAGCAUAACUGCAUCUGGAAAGAAAACUACAUUUGGCGACGAUUGAUGAAUGAUUGAAGGAGGAGAGAUCCAAAUUAAUUGUGCGUGUACCCCACAACUCUAGAAAGGCAUAAUAUGAGAUUGUCUCUUUUUAGAGAAGGGAAAAAAAAUAGAUAACAAAGUUUUGGCAGUUGGAGAAAGACAUGUUAGUAGUAGUAGUAGUAGCAGCACAGCGAGUGUUAGCUUCUUUGAUGAAACCUUUAAUAUGUUUAUGGUUUUUUAAUUAUUUUUUUUUCCUAUUUUGAUCAAUAUGUUAACUGAAAACUCUUAUUCUAUUGAGAAUUAAUAUACAUUAAAUCCUGUGCUCUGUCA